AGAGAAAAUGGUGUGUUUAUUUUUAAAUUCGAUGCCACUUCUUUUCCGUUCGAAUUAUUUCUCGUUCGAAAGCACGAUGUUUCAACAAAUCAAAUUGCACAAUUUUUAUCACAUGGUUUGGUCACAUCUAUUACAUAUUUGAACUGGAAACUUUUGCGCUUUCUCUCUUAAAAGUAAAAUUAUGAUAAAAAACGUAUCCCUCGUACAAUCUCCAAAAGUCAGUCAGUUAUUGCAUUCAGAAGCAGAUCUAAUGUUAGGCAACCUAGACAAUUGCCUAAGCCAAAUUUUAUGGACUUUAUUUUAGAUUGUGUACGAUGGGAGUGAGUGAUGUAAUCUUCCAAUGCUUGUGGUGAAAAGAAAGCGAAACCGUUAUUGUUUUGCUGCCCAAAAUUGAAGCUAUUUAAUAAAUCUUGAUAAAGUUAAAAAACUGUUUUGAUUUGUUUGUUUUUGUUUUAAUUCUUUCCCUUGAGUUUUCAAAAUUCGUUACAGCAGAUUCUGUGGCUUCUAGUGCCGGUAUUUUUACGUGAAAAAAUACUGUUUUGUGGUAAGGUCAUUUACGAAAUCGUUAACGUUAGGACCAAUUUCUGCGGGUUGUACAACUCGAUGUAUUACAUAUCUUCCGGAAUACUGCUAAAAGAGUAAUUUUGUAUUGCGCUCUUUACUUUUAUCAUUCUGUGGGAAAAGGCGGUACAAAAUUUUAACACGCAUUAUUUGUUUUUGUUAGUUUCGCGUAAUCUAACUUUUUCGCACAUUUUGAAAAAAAUAUCCCACGCACAUCAAACACUUGCGCACUCUAUUUGCAAAAAAAACCAACUGUUUUUGCGCAACGAAUUGUUCUGCUGAGCGUUUAUUUUCCUACCUCGUCCACAGGGUUUUUUUACGCUAUGAUAUUCAAUUUUGAUGUAUUUCGGAAGAUGUCAGCGCCAAAGCAACAAGAAGCACUAGGGACAAAGUAUUGGAUAGUUUAAUUUUGCUUGCAACUUGCGAAAUGCUUUGCAACCUUUUUUUUAAUUAGCUGUGGAACACACAGCUUCUAGUUUCGGCUGAAAGCUCGAACAAAAUCUUGAUCUUCUGGGAUUUAAGUGAAGUUACGCGUGUCUCCGAGGCGGUUAGUAAAGUUAAAAAAAUCACGUGAAAUAUCACGUUAUCUUCGGGUAAAAACUGCAUAAUCACGCGAAAACUCACAUGGUACCUGCUACUUUUCCCCAAUCAAAUGAUUUUGCCAUAAAACCGGCCAAUCAGCGUCCAUGUGCUCGAAUACUCCUCCUCAAUCCUCAAAUGCUGUACCACGAUGCCGCGCAGUACUGGUUGCAAACUGGUUGGAAGUAGUAAAGUAAAACUUUGAUUGUAAAAAGGUAUAUAAUAAAUUUAUUUUAUUUCAUUUUACUGACAAUUGACUGUACACUUGUCCUUCCAACAUUAUUCAACUUUUCCAGCGUUCUUUAUGUUAGAAAUGUCAGAAUGUGGUACAAGCGUUGAAGUAGAUUCUGGCCUAACUUACACAAUUAUUAAAUGUACGAAGGGUUCAUUUUAUCAGGGUCACGAAAAAUUUAGCUAUACAAGAGGAAUCCAAUGUACCUGCAUAUCAUUAUAUGCAUCUCUCUUUUCAUUUUUUAAGCAUGUCUCGCGAUGGACAAAAAAUGACAUCAAUUGUGUUCUUGAAAAGGGUGAUAAUUUGUACAAACUGCAAAAUACAACUCAAUUUUUAACAUGCACUGAAUUACCUAGAACUGUUUCACUUGAAGGUGUAAAUAUGGAUGUAAAUUUUGCCCAUAACUGUUUUGGUUUUUUUGUGACUUCAAGUGCUACUUCUAUUAAUGAGUUGAUUUCUAAUUUAAGGUCAAAUUUAAACAAUAAAACAAGAAUUAUAUUUAUUAUCAAUGGUGUUGCAGUGUCAAUUUUAAAAUGCAAUCGUCAUUAUUACAUUAUUGAUUCUCAUUCAAGAGAUGCUAAUGGUAGACCAUGCCCAGAUGGUACUGCUGUUGUGUUAAAGUUUAUUAAUUUGUUUGAAGUCGCAAAAUAUAUAUCAAAGAUGUCGUCAGAACAGAAAACACCAAAAAAACGUCUUGAUAAUUCUAUUGUUGGGUAUGUUACGAAUGUAUCACCAAUUAAAACUGCUAAAAACAAUCCAAAGAGGAAAUACUUAUUUCCUUCUAAACACAGAGGACAAAAUGGAACGAACAGUUUGUUUUUCCCCUGAAAAACAUAAACUGGUAUCAGAAGUUCACAAAGAUCUCACUGGAUGUGAAAUAAAAAAAUACAAAAGGAGCGACACUAAUGACAUCAUUAUAACAGAUUUUUCAUCUGUGAAAAAGCUUGCUCCAUCUUUUGAACUGCAGACCCC